AACUUGACCACACAAUAACACACUUGAUCACACUUUCGUUCACUUAAUUAUCACUGGCCAUGGGUUCGUUAUUAAAGGAGCUCGUAUGCCAGAUAAAAGAAAUACAGUCCGAUUUGAAGAAUGACACCCAUGUAGGUGCGACUAACGGGGAAUGGAGCCGAAAAGAAGUUCGCAAAAUGAAGAUUUGUUUAGGGAAGGUAAUUCUUUUCACAAGGUCCUUGAGGGAGACAUUUGCGGAAAGUCAAGAGUCCGGGAAUCAAGAACAAUCCUCGAAGGCUUUAGUUCUGUUACGAUGUACUCGGUACAUUAAGCGCUUGUCUAUGGUCCUGACACUACUUGAGACUGAAGAAGGCUUAAAUAAAGUGAAUAAAACGCUCUUCCAACUGGACGUUGAUACAAUUCUUUUUGAACUGGAGUGUAUUGUCAAGGAGGCCUUGAAAUCUCUUUCAGUGUCGCGAUUCCCGUACCAAGAGUCAUCUUGUACCACUACAGAAACUUUAGUAAAAGAAAGUCCCAUUUGUGAGUUGAAUAAAUUGCGGCUAAUGUUGAAAAAUGAGAAGAAAAAGCAGGAGCUAGAAAUAAUGGGCCACAAUUUAAUCAUAAUGAAGGAGAAAACUUUGGUUCUUCAGGCCCGUAAAAAUCAAAGGGCAGCGGAAAAUAGACUAGCUGAGAAGCAGGAUCGCAUCAAGGCACUCGAAGAAUGUCUAGCCAACUGCAAGUUUCAGUUGAAGAACGUCAACGAACAGUAUCAGAAAUUGAAGAAAGCCAGCAAUCAAUUAAUAAGGGAAAGUAAUCAGAUUAGGCCACAGAAAAGUUGGAGUGUGCUAGUAGGGCGGAGAAAAGGCAGAAUAUCGACUAGGACCAGUUUUGUAUGGAAGUCGCUUAAGCUAGAUCAAUCGGAACGGGAAACUCUUAUGGGUCUAAAGAAGCGCCUUAGUGAGGAAAAAGAAAUUAAGUUGAGAGCCAAGACUGAAAUGAGUAAAAUCAGAAAGGCCAUGGACGAGCUGUGUCUUGGUAAAGGAGAACUUCAAUUUGGAUUACAAAAUAAGAGUGAAACAGAUGCCAGUAAGGAUACCUUGGUUGUCAUUGAUAAAGCCUUGAGUGCUCUUUCCCAAUACAACACGCUUAAAUUUCCGGAUUGCAACUUCCAAUUGAGCCGCCUUAUGAAAUCUCUUUAUGGCAGCUUAACUACGAUCCGAGAUAGAUGGAUCCGAAAAAUUAGCAGUGCAGUUGAACCAACACCAAGCUGUUUAAAAAGUAAUACUCCCUCAUUACCAGAGCCCCCACUGACGGUUUCUUUCUCAACCGACCUAUUUUGGGACAAGAUAUACAAGCCCUGCACCCAAUCAAAUCCUGUUAUGCCCAAUACGAGUUUGAUCCCGGUUCUGCCGAAGAAACAGCCAAAAUCGUUACAGCUAACCUGUGAGCCUUCAGUUCAAUACAAAGUGGCGUCCCGCUCUUCCACUACAGCACCGGUGCCGAAGUACCUGGGAAAAACAUUCGGAGAUCGACGUUUAAGCCUGCUCCGCUGGUGCCAAGAGAGGGUUAAACCGUACGGAAUUCCAAUGUACGAGUUUAGUGCCUCAUGGAUUAGUGGGCGUGCUUUGUGCGCCAUCAUCCACUCCUAUCUUCCCGACCUCAUUGACAAAACAUACCUCGCCAAAAAGAAGCCCGAAGAAGUCUUAGCAUAUGGCAUUAAAGUGGCCAAAUCAAUUGGUGUUUCUGAUUCCGUCGAUCUAAUUAGGGAGCUUCGGCAGGGGCGUCCCAACCUAGAGAAGAUCGUCGAUUUCGUGGAGGAGCUGCAAGGCUAUCUUGAUAUGUAUGAUACAAAUAUAUGAGUAAAAAAUUGAAAUUUU